UUUCUGUGGACGAUGACCGACACAUCCCGGGACAUUAAGUACCAUGGUCGCCCCACGAAAUGCCGUGCAUGCGGAAGAAAGCGCGGAGGUGGAAGUUCUCUAUGCGGACCUCGACAAACUCAACGGCCUCACAAAAAGAAUUCAGGGAUCGUUAUUGCGUCUAGAGGCCAGCGGAAAUGUCGUCAAAGAUGCCAUUGGGCCUAUUUACAAUAAUACCCAGAGCUUACAGGUCACCAGUACCAACAUUGAUAAAAUAAAUGAGGCAAUUGAAAGACUUCGCCGACCCCUAGAUGUCAAGGGCAGGGAAGAAUCUAUCAUUCGUGCUGGUCCUGAGGAUGCCGGAUUAACCCAAUACCUUGGAGCCUUGAAUCGGAUCAAUAUUGCCCUUACAGACCUCCACGCUACGAAGCUUCGAUCAAAUCAAAAGGCCAUCUCUGACUUUACCGCCCUUUUGAGCACGGGCAGCCAGCAAAUUCAGAGUCUGUAUCGCUCAAUUCUCCAAGAAAAUGUUGGUACCUUGGAGCCACUCCAUUACCUUACUAAACAGCUUGCUUUUCCGUCAAUUCCCAGUGACAAGGCCGAAGAUUUAGCUCCCCUUUGUACAGCAAUCUCCAAUGCCUCAAAAAACGUUAAUCCCGGGUCGCAAAAUGAGAACCCCGCGAUAACAAUAUAUGCCGAAACCCGCGGUCCUUAUCUCACGUCCAGCCUACAAAAUCUUGCAACGGCAUCCAUUAGCACCGCAAAACGGCGGCCGACAGAUGGCCCUUAUAAACAGGGAACCAACGGUAUUGGCGUCUAUGCCACCGGUAUCGAGGGGAUGUUCGCUGCCGAAUAUGAGAGUGUAGUCAGUAUAUUUCCACCAGAUCAACAGGGAAAAGCAUUACAGUCCACAUGUCGGUCAGCCCUUGCAGAGUUUUCCAAAACUCUUCGGGAGCUGAACAUGUACAUCAAAUCCAACCUAAUGACCGAUUGCUUCCUUGCGUUUGAGAUCAUUGAAAUCGUUACCUCCUUGUCGUAUCGCCUAGACUCGAAAACAGGAGAGUUAAAGAAUUUAUUUUUCGAGGCCCUUCGGCCCAUUCGGGAGACUGCGAAAUCAUCGCUGUCUGAGCUGUUGGAAGAAACCCGCCGAAAGGCGUCCAGCAUCUCCGUACUUCCCAACGAUGGCGCUCCAGUGCCACUAGUUAACGAGGUCAUGAGCUCUUUAUCCACUUUAACGGCAUACUCAGCGCCUCUCGCUUCCAUUCUUACCUCUCUUGGCGACGGAAACUGGAAACCGUCAAGCUCGACUAACAACACCCCCCUCGAUGUCAACCCCGACAGCUCGACCAUCCUUUCCCACUUCAUCCUCGACAUGAUAGAUGCCCUGCUUUCAGCGCUUGAUCUUCGAGCAAGAAGCUUCCUUAGAACAAAGUCCACUGUUGGAGUCUUCCUUUCCAACUGCGUAUGCGUCGUUGAUCGGUCAAUCCGCAGCAGCAGCGAACUCUCUAAGUAUCUUUCAACCCCAGAAAAUGAAUCUCGUCUUGAGGUAUGGCGCAAAAAAGCUGUGUCGAUAUACAUCGACGCAUGGCGAGAACCAUCCUCCCAGCUCCUUGAUGUGCAGUAUACAAGUCGAGGUGCCCGACCGACUUCUGGUGGUCCCGUCGAUUCCACCGCCAUUGUCAAGUCGCUAUCGUCAAAAGAUAGAGACGUCAUCAAAGACAAGUUUAAGGCGUUUAACUCCUCCUUUGAAGACUUGAUCGCGCGUCAUCAAUCGUAUUAUAUAGAACGUCAAGUGCGGACUGCUCUGGCCAAAGAGGUUCAGAGUUUGAUUGAGCCUCUUUAUGCAAGGUUCUGGGACCGAUAUCACGAGAUCGAUAAGGGCAGAGGAAAAUAUGUCAAAUAUGAUAAGGGAGGAUUGGCUGCUCAAUUGGCGGCACUGAGUUAAGGUGUUGCGGAUAUUGACUUGGUUGAUAUGCCGACUCGUAGUAAGUUAUAUACCCUUGCUGUGCCCGUUUCUACAUUCGAUAUUGAAACCCAUUUUUGUCAACAUGGUUCAAUUUGAAAAGAUGAAAUUUGUAGCUUCAUCUUAUGAUUCUUGUUCACAUAUGCAUGCUACGGACUUUGGCUGUCCGCAAGAUACAUCUUGCAUUCAACUUGUUUCCAUUGAACAUAAGUUUCUGUUUCGUUUUGUCUUUCGGCUCCAUAAACACCAAGGGGCCCUGUGAGAACCAACUACAUGUUUGCUCUAGCUAUGACUUGACUUGCUGUGACAUUUGAUAAUCACAAUCCAGUUGGUUGAUCAA